AUGGCACAAAACUGGGGUACGCAGGGCUCUCAAAUUCAGCUUCUCACCAGCUUGUACCAUUGCUCCCCCCCGUCCGUGGUAGAACCAAUGUAUCCAAGCACCGCUUUCUUGCGCUGGAUUGCCCUCGUCCCCUUCGUUUUUUCUCAGGUUGACCAGACCUCUACAGUGUCCAGCACCCUGGUAGCUCUACCAUUUGUAUCAAGCGUGUCUACCGUUUCUGUGUCGGCUAUCCCAUCAGCCUCCGUCUCGCCCUCUUCAGUGUCGAAUUCGGUCGCGGUAGUGACUCAGAUGACCUUCGAUCCGUCAUCACCACGCACAACGUUCGUACCCUUCCCGCCUCCUCCGGAUACCCCCGUUCAACAUAUCUACCCUACGGCUGAUCCUCUCAACCCAACCGAGGUUGGAAGUCGUGCAAUUCCGAAUUUUGGACAAGCUUGGGCGUCUUCAUGGUCCAAAGCAAAGGCAAAAAUUGCCAACUUCACACUCGAAGAAAAGGUCAGUGUGACGACUGGAGCUGGUUGGGAAAAUGACCGCUGUGUCGGAAACAUCCCUGGAAUAGAACCUCACGACGGGCGUGGAUGGCCAGGUCUUUGCCUCGAGGACUCCCCUCUUGGAGUACGUUACGCCGACUUCGUCACCGCCUUCCCGACUGGAAUUAACACUGCCGCAUCAUUCAGCCGACGCUUUAUGCGCCUCCGCGGCCUCUACAUGGGACGCGAGUUCGUGGGGAAAGGAGUGAACGUCGCGCUUGGACCUACAAUGAACAUGGGACGCGUGGCUCAAGGUGGUCGAAACUGGGAAGGCUUUGGCGGUGACCCGUUCCUCGCCGGCGAAGCAUCCUACGAAACUAUUCUGGGUCUACAAGAGGCUGGCGUCAUUGCAUGUGCGAAGCACCUGGUUGGCAAUGAGCAAGAAAUCAAGCGACGGCUAUCGAGCUCCGAAAUCGACGAUAGGACUAUGCACGAGAUUUAUGCACACCCAUUCCUUAAGAGCGUCAUGGCGGGUGUUGGCAGCAUGAUGUGCGGCCACAACCAGGUCAACGGUACGUAUGCCUGCGAUAAUGACAAGAUGAUGAACGACAUUGUGAAAAGGGAGUUCGGGUUCCAAGGGUUCAUCUUGUCGGACUGGAACACCCAGAUGUGGACGAGUUCUGCCACUAGUGGUUUAGAUAUGGCAAUGCCUGGUGACAUCGGUUUCAACCAUAACCCUAAUACCUCGUACUUCGGUGGCAACCUCACUGCCUACGUGAACGAUGGUACUAUUGCCGAAGCACUCGUCGACGACAUGGCCACCCGUAUCAUCGCCUCCUGGUACCUCCUCCAUCAAGACAGGCCCUCCUUCCCAGCCGUCAACUUCAACGCCUUCGACCUUGAGGACGACGCCACCAACCUGCAUGUCGAUGUCGAAGAAGAUCACCAUAAACUGGUCCGCGAACUCGGCGCAGCAAGCACCGUCCUGCUCAAGAACGAGAAGGGUGUACUUCCCCUCGGCAGGAAGGACAGAAGUAUCGUCCUCGUCGGGAGCGGUGCUGAUCGCGGACGCGCUGGCCCGAACGUGUUCCGUGAUCAUGCAGGCUUGGACGGUGCGCUCGGCAUGGGCUGGGGUUCUGGAACGGCGAGGUACCCGUAUCUCGUCCCGCCUAUCGAUGCUAUCCAGCGCGAGGCGAGGAAGUUCAGGACAAGUGUUAGCUAUGCAUUCGAUGACUUCGAUUUGGAGACGGCUGGGAGAAUGUCGAGGAAACAGUCUGCGGCUCUUGUUUUCGUGAUGGCCAAUAGCGGCGAGCAGUACCUUACUGUCGACGGUAACGUCGGCGAUCGCAACAAUUUGACAGCGUGGAGGGGUGGAGACGAGCUCAUUGCCGCCGUUGCAGCCCAGAAUAACAACACGAUUGUCAUCGUAAACAGCGUUGGGCCGAUCAUCAUGGAAUCGUGGAUCGACCAUCCAAAUGUCACCGCUGUGCUUUGGGCCGGUGUGCCAGGACAAGAAAUUGGCAACUCGAUCGCCGAUGUUCUAUACGGUGCUUGGAACCCCUCUGGCCGACUCCCAUACACGAUCGCGAAGAGGGCCGAGGAUUACGGCGCGCAGAUCGUCACAGGCGGCGGUCCUCAGGAUAUCAUCAGCAUUCCAUAUACCGAAGGCCUGGAGAUAGAUUACCGUCAUUUUGAUGCACGUAAUAUCACCCCGCGGUUUGAGUUCGGGUUCGGGUUGAGUUACACGGAGUUCUCGUACAGUGGCUUGCAGCUCAGCAAGAUCGAGAGUGCCGUCAGCUCGCCUGAUCCCCCGUUGGUUGAGGCAUGGGAGAGGGGAGAUGCAACUCCCAUUUCUGUCGGCUCUUCUAGGGCUAUCUGGCUACACACCCCGGCAUAUGAAGCAAUUUUCACCGUUCGCAACACAGGUCGCAUCCCCGGUGCCGAGAUCCCCCAACUCUACCUGAACUUCCCCGCAUCCGCCGGCGAGCCGCCCUUGGUCCUCAGAGGCUUCGCCGACGUCUUCCUCGGUCCAGGCAAGAGCAGGACGCUGACGAUUACGCUCUCGAGGUAUGACUUAUCAAUCUGGGACGUUGAGAAGCAGGGAUGGAGGAAGCCCUCGGGACAAUUUGGUGUUGUGAUUGGCACGAGCAGUCGCGAUGCGCGUUUGAGGGGCACUGUACCAGUGUAA